AUGGAGGCCAUCAAGAAGAAGAUGCAGAUGCUGAAACUGGACAAAGAGAACGCCAUCGACCGGGCCGAGCAGGCAGAGACGGACAAAAAAGCAGCAGAGGACAAAUGCAAACAGCUGGAGGAUGAGCUGCUGGACCUCCAGAAGAAGAUGAAGCAGACAGAGGAUGAACUGGACAAAUUCUCCGAGGGCCUGAAAGACGCUCAGGAAAAACUGGAACUUUCCGAGAAGAAAGCCGCAGAC